AUGGCUAGUUUACAUAUUUAUCGUCGAAGCAAAACCACAUCGGCUGCCAGAAAGGAUAUGAUAAGUCAGCUUCCAGACGAUGUAAAGGAAAAGAUUUUAGAGUGUUUGCCCACUCCAGACGCUGCUAGAACUGCUCUACUCUCGACUGACUGGAAAGAUGUUUGGUUGCGCCAUGGACGACUUGAUUUCAAUACCCAUUUCUUCAAAUGUCUUAGAAAAUGCGAAGGUGAUAAACGCGUGGCGCUCGUGAGCACCAUAAAUGACAUUCUCUUGCACCGUGCUGGUCAGGUGGUCGGAAAUUCCAUAUGGCUAGAGUUCUUCUCAUGGCUAAUUUUUGUUUCCUUUACUGUCUCAAAGAUUAAUGAUGUUGCAGUAGCCACACAGGCGUUCCCAACAGCAAGGAAUCUGCAAGUAAUCACGAUCUAUGAUUUGAACUUUGGUCGGGGGAAGCAGAUCACUAGUGCUUUGGAAUUGCUUCAGAGAUCCCCCAACCUAUGCGAACUGGAGAUUAUUAUAGAAACAGACACGCUGCCGAGUGGGUGGGAUGACACUGCUUUGAGACUUACGAGGGAUCCAGACAGUUGCUUUAUCAAUCAAGAUUUGAAGAUGCUUAAGACAAUAAAGAUUGAGUCCUUUAGUGGAUCCAUGGUAGAAAUGCAUUUUGUGAAAGCAUUGCUCUCAAAAUCCCCUACACUAGAGAAAAUUGUUAUCCAGGAAUCUGCUGAUAUUGAUGCUACUAUGGCAUUCAAAAUUCCAAGAGAGUUGUUGAGCUUUCCUCGUAUAUCUUCGAAAGCACAACUUGUAUUCAUGGAGUGCAAGCCUACUUAUAGCCUGGUUGCACCUCCAUGGACCAAAAAAAUGUGAUCAAUAAUGGUUGUGCUAAGCUAAGUGACAAUUUUUUGUAAGGCAAGGAUGGAAUUUUGUUUCCUAGGG